GGGGGGGGACAGGGAGCUGAGAAGGUUUAGGCGGGGGUGGUUUAACCCGAGUACGAACUUCUUAAUACCACAGCUGCAGUCGGGUUCAUUGUGGGAUCAAUACGGGGAGAGCUCGUGGUAGUGGCAGGCCAAGUGCGAUUGGCCCUGACGAUCGGGCACGGCGAUUGGCCGAUGUCGGCACUGCCAGGAGGCGGAUCCUGCCGCCGCGGUUCCAACGUGUUGGGGUGAUGGUAAAGGGGAAAGAGAAUACCAGCGUGAGCCGCUCCGCUCGAAAACGACGGCAAUGGGGACGGCUUUAGAAAAAGACAGCGACAGACUCUAUGGAGAGAGGGUGACACACGGUGUUGCGUACGGGGGGUUUCAGUCUGUGUUCACCCAUGAGAGACACACCACUAUCGGCGACACGCUCCGCUCACAUUGCGAGGGUGAGGGCUCGCUUUUCGUUCGCCAACUGAUCAUUCUCUCGUUCUUCAAGAAGAUCGUCUGUUUUUCGCGUUGAGUUAUUUCGCGAUUGGACAGUCGUGUUCUUAUUAUUGAAGAAGACGUCGUCAAGAAUAUAGAUGAAUUCAAAUCUUUGAAAAAAUAGGUAGUAAUUGAGUGAAACAUAUGUGUAACGCGUGUCAUUUCGAACCGAAAUUGAUUUUACGUGAAACACAUCAGAUGAAGUGACGAGGACGGUGACAGCAAUCGGUUAAGUGAAGUGUCAAUAAAGUGCUAAUAAGGAAGAAAAGUUAAACAGCUUGAUCGAAACAGUAAGUACAAACUGCAAAUUGUGAACAAUUGGAAUUUGUUGGAAUAGAAGUUAUGGAGUCAAAGUGCGCGUGAAAUCGCAAGUGAUAUUGACACAGUAUUGAAAUCAGUGACAUUUGAGUUAAAUCGAAAAGUUUCGAAGGAAGAUAUUUUCGAGAGAAAAGUUUUGGAGAAAAGAAAAUGCUACGGAGACUAAUUGCUGAGAGAAAGAUUGAAGAAGGAAAUUUUGAAAAGUAAAGUAACAGAAAAGAGGAAUGUCAUUCAAGGAUUAUUAUUAGAUACCUUCAUGUAUCUUAUCUUGCUUUCGUGCAAUCUUGCGUUAAAGAUAUGUUUGAUAAUUUGACAAAUUCAGCUGACGAUAAUCUGAUUAUUCUUUUUGCAUUCAACCGACGCGUUAAUCGAGGAAAAAAGAAGAGCUAUCGAUUUGUGCAAUCUCUUUCAUCAUCUCAGCUAUCUCGAAGAAUUAUCAGCGUGUGAUUUCGCGAUUCGCUGUGGUUCAGUGAUUUCCAAGAAAGGACAUUUUUCUAAGAUAAAACUAUUUAUUUUUUGCUAAACCGCUUACUACCUGCUACAUUUUACCGCAUUUUUAGUAAAAAUGAUCAAUAUUGUAUUUAAACAAAACUGACAAGAAUAUUUUAUUGUGGUUUUGACUAGCAAAUAUCUUUUGUAAGUAUCUUUUUUGCUACCAUUGCAAAACGCUCAUCAAGUAUAUUUGCAAUUGUGUAAUACUAAGAGAUUAAACAUUUUUUAAUAAUAAUAUAUUUAGGUAACGGAAAAGCUGCACUUGGUUGAACAAGGGAUUUUAAGUGAUUAUAAAUAUCAAAACACGCAUCGUGAAUUAAUAUCGUGUUGUCUGAUGAAUCUUGGAUAUCGAAUAACUGGAAGCGCAAAAGACGAUAAGAUUGUUGAUAAAAAUAUAAGCCAUUCAAUUUUUUUUAUGAACAGUGCAUUGUUAACUACAUCAUUAAUUUGAUGUAUCCAAAUGAUCCAAAAUAUUUAAAUUGACCAUAUUAAGAGUAAAAGUACUUAAAGAAAGCUGUCCGACAAUAAUACACUAAACUACCUCGCUAUUGCUACGUGCUACAGCAUGGACCGUUAGUCCUAGUGAUGAUCUGACGACUUUAGUGACCUUGGAUGAUCUCGAACGUUUGAUCCGACCGCGGCGUGAACCAUCGGUGGAGUUGGAGAACGAGUUCAGGAGUGGUGUUGUUCGAAAGGGUGGUGCGACGUUCGGGUACGCAAGUCUGCAGGCCAGCUCUGGGGUGUCGGGCCCGGGCGGGGUGAUGAGCUGCUCCGAUGUGAUGUAUCAAUAUUAUCCUUACCUCUACCAGACCCAUCGGCCACCGCCGCCGCAUCCGACCCACCCUCAUGCGGCCCCGCACAGCCAUCCCCAUGCCAAUCCGCACGCGGCCCACCACAGCCCAGCCAGGCCGGCGCCCUUUCAACCCUUCCCGGCGGCCACGUCGACGCAUCAGUAUGACAGGCUGAAUGUUCACCAAAGGUCUCUGGAAGCAGCCGGUAUCGAGCUUUGCGGCGCCGGCGGAAGCGUCCCUCAAGGUCAGCCGAGCAGUGCGGGUUCCGUAGGGUCUGCGCCGAGUCCUGCGUCCCCAAGGCCAACGCCGCAACCGCGACCACCCCUUGCAACCACCACCUCGCAACCCUCGCGAACGUUGGACGACGACAGAUCGACAGACGGUGAGACGAUUAAUUGUCUCGGUUUACAGCAACGUGUGUUUCGUCACGUGAACACCUGCGUAUUAAUACACCGGCUCGCAGGCGUGGGUGCCGGCACGACUGAGGACUCCGACGAUGGCGAGAGCAGAGCGCAGUACGUUAACGCGAAUUGCGUUGUGUUCACGCAUUACCGAGGCGACGCGGCGUCAGAAGUGGAGGAACACUUUCAGAGGGCCCUCGCACACGACAAAUUAAAGGAAAAUAUCUCCCCCAUGUCCAUGAGGAACUUUCCCCCUUCCUUUUGGAAUAGUCAGCAUCCCAGUGAUGUCUACGAGUACCCGGCGGAUCCGUGGCAUCCGCAUUACCCGCAGUACCAUCACAGGGCCGUACACGAGUACCAUCACCACAAUAUGGCAGCGGCGGCGAGUUACAGUGGCCUUCUGCUGGGUGGUGCACGCGGCCUCGGCCACCACACGUCUCACCACGCGGCGCAUCACGCGCACGCCGCGUCCUACAAGGAGUGGACGUCGGCGACGCCGUCGCAAUCCCUCGUCGACGCUUCCUCGGCGCCGCCCUAUCCUCACGGCCACUACGCACCCCUCUCCGGUAAGCCUCGAGUCUCAAGUUCAGGAUUCCAAGGAUCUCUAUUGGUUCUAGGAUCGAGCGUUGGAGAUCAGCAAGAGGCAUGCGGUUUCCUUAAAUUCAGAAGACGAUUGAAGGACUGUGUUUCGAUUAAUAAGAAAAUUUAAUAAUGCGAUCUAACGAUGUGGAUCGUACGAACGCGAAUGUAAGAGGACUUUGUUAAGCGAAAAUGGUGACUGAGACAUUCGUCGUUGUCAUGUACAUAAUGUUACCUACAUCUUUUAAGGAUUUACUAUUAGCAUAAAACAGAUAGUAUUAGACGAAUACUUGCGCGCACUAUUACCUUUAUAGUGACUGCUGUGUCUGGCGUCAAGGAGGGAGAUUGGCCGUGAGAAUGCGACCGAAAAUCGUCUUCAGCUGGUACAACAGCUUUUAGUGCGAUCUAGACCGUCAAGGCACAUCUAAAUUUCCCAAAUAAUUAAUAUCUUUGUUUAUCUUCUUUAAAAUACUGUGAAUUUAAUAUUUUAUUAAAAAAUGCAAUGGUUAAAUAAUUACUAUCUGUGCAUAAUUCAAAAGUUUGCUAAAAACAAGUCUAAAUUUUAGGAGCAAGAUUUUUAAAAUUUAUAUCGAGAUUGCGCUAAUCAGAAAAUAAUUAUUUGGCAAAUUUAGCUGCCGACUUAAGUGAAGUAUUUAUUGACCAAUGAUCUUGCCAUAUAUAUAAAUAUAUUAUUAUUAAUUAUUAUUAUUAUUAUUAAUGUAUCAUAAACAAUAGGCGCCGCAAAUAUUCUGAAACCUCCCCAAGUUAGCGAAUUAAAAUAGUUAUUAUCCGACGAGUCAACUAUUAUUCUUUACACCCCUGGCUGCACCCCUCGCAUAUCUUAUCUCUUCAUCUCUCAAAUCUUUUCCACCUGCUACUCCACCGUUUAGUAUCUGUCCGGUAUAAUCACCAUCAUAUUACCUACAUUAAGCACAUCGUAUCCAUCUCAUGUUAUCACCUGUCUAAUUGUUAAAUAAAUAAUUCGCAUACCA